ACGGAGUGGGUGGGCGGGGCCCGCUCCUGGCUAGCGUUCGUGCUUCCGUCGUGGCGGAUCCGGCUGCGAUUUGUGCUUGAAUCCCGGCCGAAGGCAUGGGUUGGUCUCAGAAUUUGUUCCGCGCCUUAGGGAGAGCGCUGUCAAAGGAAGCGAAGCAGCAAGUAGGCACAGACCAGUUUGGGAACAAAUACUACUAUGUCCCGGAAUACAAGAACUGGAGAGGACAAACUAUUCGAGAGAAAAGAAUUGUAGAAGCAGCAAAUAAAAGAGAAGUAGACUAUGAAGUUGGAGAUAUCCCAACAGAAUGGGAGGCUUGGAUUAGAAAAACAAGAAAGACUCCACCUACUAUGGAGGAAAUACUAAAGAAUGAAAAACAUAGAGAAGAAAUUAAAAUGAAAAGUCAAGAUCUUUAUGAAAAAGAAACACUCCUUAGCAAAGGGAGCAAUGAAGAACUUUUAUCUCCACCAGUUCAAACUCAGAUCAAAGGGCAUGCCUCUGCUCCCUACUUUGGAAAGGAAGAACCCACCGUGGCUCCCACCAGCACUGGUAAAACCUUUCAGCCAGGAUCCUGGAUGCCACAAAGGGGCAAGAACCCCAAUCAAUGAAUAUACUGUGGUAGUAUUUAUUUGUAUGUAACUUUUUUAACAAUAAAAUAAGUAAAAAUUACUUUA